CAGUAUAACCUCGACCCGCCUCCUUUUGUGGGAGGAGCUUCACUGAAACAAACCCGAAAGAAUUCAGAUUUCUAAAGCACAUCUUCAACGUCAAGCAACAUCGCGACACGCGCCCUCACACGAUGGCAGGCUCGACCUUCACACUGCUGGUUGUUUUAAGUCUUGCAACCCUGUUGCUUGCUCAGCCAAACAGCGCACCUUUUCCAAGUAAUCAUUUUUGUGGCAUAUACAACACGCCAGCUGACUGUCCCGACGAGCCCAGCUUGGUGUGCGGAGAUGACGGAAACACCUACAAGAAUGAAUGUCAGCUUUGCUUCGAGUACCUCUCUAGAAACAUGAUUCCUGUCAUCGCAAAAUAUGAAGGCUGCUGAAGCAACAAGGCACUUCAACUUGUCUGAGAAAUUGCAAAUUAAAUGUAUAAAUAAACAGGGCAAGUGGGUCAGAGGACAUUCAGUUACACUUCCUUAAAUAGAAAAUAUGAAUGAUUCCCAGCCUUAUGAAAUUGUGGUAAAUUAAAGAAAUGUAUGGAUUUUGGUUAUUUUUUUACCAUUUUGCACAACAACAUAUUUGUGCCUCUGAACAAAGGUGGAGAUGCUGAGUGAGUUCAAUGCAAGCAACUCUGGAAACGUGCAGAACUUUAUUAUCCUGAAAACAGGAAAAAAUAUAUUGAAAUAGAAUUAUAAAAAAGGCCCUUUGAAAAAAAUAACAAUCAAAUAUUAUAUUUAAUGCAGUCGUCAUCACCAUUUAUCUUAAACUGGUGUACAAGUAAUUUUAAAAAAGAAAAAAAAAGGUAAACCUUAGCAGACUUAAAGAUGGAAUUCUUAUGUAUAGAUGAAAAGAAAACUGCAACAAUGGUGCAUUGCUUUGGUCUGUAUGUGUCUGAUUUAUGCUGUAAUUGUGAUUUUUAUUGCAUGCCAAUUCUUUCAACAUAAUUUUUAUUGUCUGAAAUGUUCAUUUGAUUUGCCCUUCUCGUCCCACCAUACAAAUGUAAUGUGCCUCCCUGAUCAGCAGUUCCUUCCUGCAAUUUUGUUAACUAGACAACAAUUUAGGUUUAAGUCACAUUAAAAACAAACUCUUAUUUCA